ACUAAAACAGUUGUGGUGAAGUUUUCGAAACGCCGAGAAGUGGAAAAACAACAGUGCGCGCGCGUUCCGUCAAUGUGCCUUUUACGGGAUCUCCCGUGCGCUUUGUUAUGGUUUUUUGUCGUCACACGGAUCGUGGUCAGGCCGUGAAACUACCGAGUGAUAGUCCCCGCUCCUGAACCCGACCCGAAGAAGAAGACAGGAGGGUGACGUCGUUUCCUGUGUGUGGUGAAUAUCUUUCUCGCUCUCGGGUUAUUCCGUGACACGCGACCUUGUUCGAUCGGUUGUGCUCCACAAAUGGUGAAUAGUGCAAUAGCAGUUCUUAGCUCCUGGGCUGCGUUACGCCAUGCUCACUUACCCUGAACAUCGUAGUUCAGCACCAAGCAGCCCACACUAAUACUAUCAAUCGGACAGCUGAGCUGUCCAUAGCCUGUUUGUGUGUGUGUUUUUGCGUAGACGUUCAACGUUAUGAUCAAAAGCGUGGUGAUCUUAGAUUUCACUAUCGAAAACCAUUGAAACACAAUGUGAUACUUUCGUAACAUUCCUCAUGUAAACAAUCCAACCAAUCAACGGUGGCGCCGUGAUAACCUUCAAGUAAGUGGCUCAGUGCCAAUCAAUACCAAACGGUAGCUCUCGGAACAUCUGCCCAAAAAAAGGAAAAAUCGGAGUGUGAUACCGGAGGAGCCAUACCAUAUUCUGGCACCGUUUCCCAGGGUUGGUCUGGUGCUGUCGCCUACCCCCUAUCCAGAAGAAUCUAAAGGAGAUGGAACCUUGCGGGAAGACAAAUUUUCAUAUAAGCCCGAAAACUGUGUAGAACUUGACCGAAGACGGAAGAAAAAACUUGUGCAAACCUCCCAAACUUGCAGUCACAGUGAGCUUUGGGAGCAAAAACAUAACCUUGUUAGUGUUGGUGUUUUCAAUCUUCCCUAGCCUCAUUCUUCCGAUGGAAGACCUCCUUAAAAUAACUGUUAAGCAGUAGGGGGAAUGUGGUGUUUCAAAUAUUCUCCUUCAUCUGCCAGUAGUGUAACGUGGCAGCAUCUGGCGAAGAACCCGGUCUUGGAGGUGGAAAGUUGGAAUCACUUGUUGCAUCGCCUAAAAGUAGACAACAAACAACAGGACGACCAGUAAGCAGUAUCAACAGCAACAAAACAGGAGCCGAGCAACAGUUGGCAAAAGCUCUGGCAAACCCUUUUCUUGGAAGAAGGGGGUUUAGGGGUUGUAUUCUUCGAGUUGUACUGCUUCCUGCUGCUGGAGCUGAAAUAACAAAAUCGGUACCUAGGCGACGACGAUUCUGCAUUUCCAAAUUGGACCGGGAGUGUGAAGUUUCAUUUGGAGGAAAAAAAAGUUUUCAAAGAGAAUAAAUUGUGAAGUUGUUUUUUUUUUUGUUGAAACACAGCAUAUGUGUGAAGAAGAUUAAACGAAUCGCCCGGCUGAAAAAUAAGUGUAUUUACAUGUGAGUUGUCCGCCAACCUUGCGGCAACACAGAGGGACGGCAUCCGUGGAAGCGCAACAUGGCCGACUGUUCCUAUGCCAGGUGCGUCCAGGAACGGCGCUACAUCCGCCGGGAGCUGGCCAAGUGGACAAAAACGAUGGUGCAUAUAGUUGGACUGGAGCGCGCUGCUGAAGAAUUGAUGGGACGCAGGAAAUGGAAACACUACCAGGACGUCCUUACCCGCCAACAGUUAAACCUACUGGUGGAUCCGACGACGGCCCCUUUGCCCCCAAACAACAACACAUCGGCGGCGGCUAUUUUGGCCACUUCCGGUUCGGCCGCCUCGGCGAUAGACCAGCAGCAGCAACAACAACAACAACAUCUCCAUCAACAUCAUCAGAGCAGCGGCAACAGUCCGGCUACGAUGGCGGCCACCCUCGGGGGAAAUCAUCUGGGCACCCACGAUGGGAAAGGUGUCGUCACCAUAGUACGCAAUGGUCACUACCAGCCGCCAUCUCAGCUCAGCGAAGACGACAACGGCGGCAUACUAGAAUCCAAACUAGUAGCAACAUCCCACAAUCAACAAGUAGUAUCAGCAGCAGACAAACAAGCAGACCACCACCACAACCACCCACAGCUCCACCACCUUAACCUUCACCCAACGGCAGCAGCAGCAUUAAUAGCGGAAACGGCUGCUGCCAACAACAAAAUCAACAGCAAGCAGCAAAAUCAUUUCAAUGAAAACGAUUCGAGACCGACGGAGACGACGACAGCCAACAAUAACAACAAUAACAGUAGUAGCGCCUCCGCCCGCUCGCCAAUUCCCUCCAGUAAUAAACACAGCAGCAGCAACAGCAACAACAAUGGCAGCAGUGACGUGGCGACGGCGCUUCUCAACAAUCACCACCCGCACCCACUUCACCACCAUCAUCAGCGGAAUUCCACGGAAUCGAUGACGGUGGCGAUGGCAGCGGCGGAAGUCAAGAAAGAAGCACCCUCUUCAGCGGAUCAGCGGAUAGGCGGAAGCAACGAGGCGGAGACACCCGGUGAUAAAACCUUGGCGAUGAGGUCUUCUCCGGCGCUCUCGACCUCAUCGGGAACGACGAGUGCUACGACCAGCACCAGCACCACCAUGGCUCUGCUGUCCCCGGCGGAGCUCGAAGAACGGAAAGAACAGAUCGUCGGCAACGAGCUGACCACCCUCAAGGAAGAGGCAAUAGAAAAUCAAAAUUUAUCGGAACAAGGUAAACUAAUCAAGCAGGAAAACUGCAACAAUCUGCUAAGCAACAAACUCAUCAUCAACAACAACAACAGCAGCAGUGCUAAUAACAAUAACAAUAAUAGUAUUUCGAACGAUAAUCCGGCGGCCACGACAACAACGGCGGCGACUGCUUCCGAAAAUGGAGCCGCCCAGAGUGUUUUGAGCAAGCGGCUGCAGCAGGAACAGCCGCCUACGCCCGUCGAUUGGAAGGCACAGGAUAAGUGUUACUUCUGCGUCGACGGCAAACUGCUGGUGGUGAACGAAGCCGGCGAACUAGUCCCGGAAACGGACAGCGCGGCCGCCGAAGCUGCCACCCUGGCCGGCAACCGGCAGCUCCUGCGAAAGAUGGAACUCGGACGGGAGUCCCUCAACGAUAGUGACAGCGAUUCCAGUGACAGCAGUGAACCGGACCUGCGCGCCCUCCUGGGCCGGGCCGACUCUGCCUCGCGGAAAUCGCUAGCGGCGCUACUGGCCAGAAGUGCGACCUCUGGCGGUGACGGCGGCGGCGGUGCCGAUGGUUCUCUGCAGUCGUCGCUGGCGGCGCAGUUUGCAGCCGUCGCCUCACUGCAGGGCAUCCAACCGGGCCUGGCACAGUUCUACGGACCACUCUGGUACCAGCAGCUGCAACAACAGCUGUCCCCUUCCGGCGGGGCCAACGAAGCUUCUGGUGACGGUGAGAAGCCGGAACGUGGCGGCGGCAAGUCGGGUGGAACCGGCGGAGAUGGACCGCUGGACCUCAGUGCCAAACCCGGCACAUCCGGUCUGAAUCCGCUGAUGAGCAUGAUGGACCCGAAGCACAUCUACAAAGCUAAACCCCGGCUUUCUCCCACCGGUGGACGACGCACUUACACGGAAGACGAGUUACAGAACGCACUGCAGGAUAUAUUGAACGGUAAGCUGGGAACGAGAAGGGCUGCCGUCCAAUAUGGCAUUCCCCGUUCCACCUUGCGUAACAAAGUUUACAAACUGGCAAUCGAACGAGAGCGGGAGAUGUUGAGUACCAUACCGUUGACGGCACUCAUCGACGACGACGAUGACGAUAAGGAUUCGAUCGAGGACGACGGCAAAGAGGAUAGCCUUGCGAUGAAGCUGAACCAGCAAGCCAUUGCCGAAGCAUAUCUACGGAUGUACCGAGGCGAUAGUAGUACCCCGAAGCCGGAACCAAGGUCGACUCCAUCGACGCCACCACAACACCAGACCACUCCGGAGCCUCCUCUGUUAAAACCGAUCCAACCGCAGACGCCACUUUCGACUGGUCAACCACAAUCUUCGCCGUUAGCCGCGGCAGCCAACAGCAUGAUCGACCCAAACUUGAUCCUACAAAUUCAAAGCCUUCUGCUGGCAGGAGGGAUUCCAGGUCUCACCAACACUGCUACACAAUCCAAGAACCCCGAAGAAGCGGCAGCAGCUCAGGCAAGCUUGUCAACACUAUCUGAGCUGCUGAAAAAGCUCCUGCAUCAACAGGAAUUGAUCGCCGAACAACUGAAACGGACUAACGUCAAUGAGCAGCACAUUCCUCAGCAGCGACCAAAUGCCAGUACGCCAACCCUCAAUAAUGGACAACCAUUUGAUCCGCGACUUCUGUUCAUGCAGCAGAACAACAAGCCCCGAACGGCAUCCGGCACACCGGAAACUACCUCCUCGAUGGAUCUUAACGAUGGUGGAAGCGAUGAUUCUCAAGUAAUUUUGAAAAUUCCAUCCUACAAGCCAAUUCCCGGUAGUACUCCGAUUCCGGUUGCCACGAGCGCUUUACUUUCGGCUAGCGGCAAGAACGGUGAGCUUCACCAUAGCCUGUCUACUCCCUCACCACCGACCACCGCCGCUACGUCGCGUGAUCUGAGCAGCCUAGUGAUGGGACCAGGAUCAACGCCCAACCUAAACAAUAGCACUGGAAGUACCGGCAGUGGUAGCUCUAGUACGCGGCCAAUACACACAGCUAGUCCUCAACAAAGUCUACCGCAACUAACACCAAACCAACUAUCGAACCAUCAUCAUUCGUUGUCGUCCGUGAUGUCCGCCUCCCCCCUGAGCAAUUCCCAGUCGCCUCCCAAUCUGCUCGGUAGUGGAAAACUUUCGAUCAACGACGUUAUCGUGCGCAGCAUUAGUAAAAAUUUCCAACAACAUCACCAAUCGGAUCUUCUCAAGCAACAAAUGGACCAUAUGGAACGCUACAAAAGGCCCACAAUAUCGGUCAUCAAGAACCUAGGCGGUACAGACAUCUCCCACUUCGGCACAAAUCCUAACAUAACGCAAAUCAACGCGGCAGCCCAGCUUGCUGCAGCCAAUGCAGCCGGUAAAGGAACCAGGCCCAAGCGUGGCAAAUAUCGAAACUAUGAUCGCGAUAGUUUGGUUGAAGCGGUGAAGGCUGUUCAACGUGGCGAAAUGUCUGUGCAUCGUGCUGGAAGCUACUACGGGGUACCUCAUUCCACUCUCGAAUACAAGGUUAAAGAACGUCAUUUGAUGAGGCCCCGAAAGCGGGAACCCAAACCGCAACCUGGGUUAGAUGGGCUUAAGUCCGAACUCGGAGGAAUGCGAAGCCUAGACAAAAGCAAAAGUUUAGGCAUGGGAGCGAAGAUGCACAUGAAGAACGCUUAUCCCGGAGCAUCUCCAAACGGAAGUCUCAAAAUGCCCAUGUUCGACGCGGCUAUGGCAUCACAACUACCUUAUACAUCACCAUUCCUGUGGCCUCACCACGCGUCCAAUUUUCCCGGAAUACCGAUGACGGAUUUUGGACGACAAUCUGCCUCCGGUUCAGGCUCAGCACCUUCGGCCGAUAAUAUCUUUGCAUCCCCUAUGAUGCAGAGGUUUCAACAGGAAGGUAAAGGCCACCCCGGUAACAGUGGUGGAACCGUGAGUACAGCCAAAUCAGCUCGCGAAUUAGCCGAAAGCAUAUACGAUGGAACCAACACGAACGGAUCCCUCCUGGAUGACAUCAUCCGACAUAGCUUGGACAAAAAACCUGGUGAUCUACCGCACGGUGCCCUGUUCGAUCAGCUGAUGAAGAAAAACAACCUGCAUCCUCCAUCAUUAUCCGAAUCCCACGAUGAUCCAACCGCAGCUCUUCUUGCCAAGGCUAGCGCUAAACGCAGUGCUGCCAGUCCGCUCAACUUCCUGCCAGACCAAAUCAAACGCGAACGAGCCAGUCCCGAUGCCGAAUCCACCUCAUCCGCUGGGAGCAGUAAACCUGGAGGACUAGGCGGACCCUAUGCCGAUCACCAUCACCAGCACCACCACCACCACCAGCAACAGCAACAGCGAUUGCUACUUGGCACCGAUUCUGCCGACGGCAACCUUUUGGACAGUCAUCGAGCGGAACUUAUUGCCAAGGGUAACCGAGCCGUUGAGGAUCUUAUCAAGCUUCGUGAAGACCUCACAUCGAUGUCCGCGGCGCACCACCACAAAAGGACAUCGAUGGAAGACCAGCACAAUGGAGGAGGCAGCGGUGGCGGCCAAGGAUCGGAUCUAGACCUCUCCCAUCACCAACAGCGGCUGAUGGUUGCGGCUGCCGCCGCCGCCGCUGGCAAACACUCGACGGCUACGGCUGCAAUCGACGACAGCUCAUAGAAGCGACUUCCGCUGGAAGCGCUCUGGCGCUCACGUACGUUUCUAGGCUAGACGCAAAAAGUAGUUCAAAUAUUAUUAUUGUAGUUAAAAAACCGAAACAAAGAAAAGCUGCAUCGGUAACGUUUCAAAACUAUAUUGAAACAGGGGAAAAAAACCACAAAUAGAGAGAUUUAAUCAAAAACAAAACAAACAAAGAUGAUGAUGAUGAUAUGGUGACUUAGCAGAACUAAAGAAAAAUCGCGUAAAAAUCCUAAAUCCCUGAAACUUUGACUGGCCGUAAAGGCUAAGUUUAUGAAGGAGAAAUAAAACUGCGCCCAAUAAAUUGUUGGUGCGUGUUUUUUGACAAUCGACAAAUAGGCUCUUGUAAUAACUCAUCCACUCACCGAUUCAACAGAAACCAAACCUCAACUGAAACCAACGUCACCUAUCCUUACCAAGAGAACAAAAUCCCCAGACCAGACUGGAAGCAGUUCUGGGAUUCCCUUGAAAACAAAAAUUCAGAAAAUCGCUUAUUUCGGACAACCAACCAACACUCAUUUUCCUCCUUCCUCGAAUUAUGACACGUAAGAAACAAUAGUUUAGCCAAUUUUCGGAACACCCUAAACAACUAGGAUUUCGUUGAAAAAUGAUGUUGUUAAUGACACUCGAAUCGCUUGCGCUCGAAUUUUCAUGAAAUGCUAGAAUCAAUCGGGAGAAUGUACAGAGCUUUGUUUAGGAUAAUGCGUGAUUUAAUUAGAUCGUGGCUACUCAGCGGGUAUUUAAGGUAUUUUUAAGAACAAACUUGUUUUUUUUUUUUUUCAAUUGUGCAAGCAGUUCUAUCUGUCAAAAUAUUGAGAUUGUGUUGAGGCGGAUCCAAUUUUCGAAUUUUAAUCCUGGCCCACUCUGGGCAACGGUAGCUCUAUUUUGGUUCUUACAGGAAAGUUUCAGGUUUCCCAUGGUGUUCGGAAGACUUGAAAUUCGUCUCAAAGUCUACCGUAGCUAUAAAAUGAUCUCUCCUUCGUUGCAGCAUCCAAAACUGCGCAAUCGUCUUCUAGUGUGGACUAGGUUUAACUUUUCUAGGAUGAUGUUUUCGGAAUUACGAAUAGAAAACUUUUUAUUUUCAAACAAAAAACUUUCUUGAGUUGAUCGAUUCUUUCUAGUAACUGAUUGUACUAAAACUUGAAUCGGGAAUUGAAAUAAGUUUUGGACGUAAUAUUUUUAAUAUUUUCUCUGUUACUCAGUUUGGGUAACUUAACAUUUCUUCUUAAAUUUAACUCAAAGCCAUAAAGAAGAAUAAUAUUGCGUUAAUCGAAUUAUUCAGUGUGUCGUUUCGUUAAAAAAAAUCAAGAGCUUUUUCCUUCUCUGUUUUUUAUGUUGCUUCCACGCGAUGGACGAUUGAUGCGAAGGAUUAACUUCUUGCACCAAUUCUCCAUUGUUGAUGCGCUUUUAGGGAUUGAGGUGAAAAAAACAUGUCACCGUGGGUUCUACAGCAUAAACUUCGAGAAAUAAAACCUCCAUGAAAUUUAAACAAAUCUAGAAACCUCUAUGCAUUGGAAAAAAAGGCUCCUCAGCUUAAUUUUUUCGGAAAAAAAGACUUUCAAGUUCACGGGUCUCGCUUCAGAUGGCACGUUCCCCAAACCAUUUGAGCACAACUCAAUUAAAACAAUCCCCAGUUACCGACACGCACAUUCACACAUAGGUACAAUCGUUCGAGUAAUGAUUGUGAAUUGAGGUGUGAGUGGAAGAAAUAAAAAAAAAUACCCACAUCAGAUCGGAGUACAGCGGGAAAAAAAUUAAUCGAUCAAACACGCAAUUAUCCCCAAACCCUACUCUUUGCUCUCUUUCGGUGAAUCCAUUAGUGUUCUUUUGGCAGCAACGACGAGUAUCAUAACAACAAAUGAGAAAAAAAAACCCUAUAAUUUCAUUACCUUUGAUUCGAAUAUUUUUCGCAGCUAGUUUUUUCAACCAAAAUCUUUACCAGAGAAUAAAAAAAACGAAAACUAUAUCACUUUCCACCAGAGAAGGAAAAAGAUACUUAAAGUAUGGAAUAUAAAAAAUAAACUGCACAUUUUGUAAACAGAAAAAAAUUUAUGUCGUGGCUAAAGUAAAAUUCAAAAUUAUAAAAAAAAAAUACUUGUGAGACAAAAACAAAAAAAACUGUACGAAUCAAGGGACAAAACUCGUAUUUGGUGUUCAAAAUUCUAUUCCAUACAUAAGAUAUUAUCGAGACAAAAUCGUAAGGAAAAAUAACUUAACGAUAUCAAAAAGUCAAGAGAUGUAUUUAUGUUUAUAACUUUGAAAAAAUAAAAGACAAAGGAAGAAUCGUGUAGGCCAGAGCAAAAUUUAUAUAUAAAAAUAAUCUAUGUUUCGACGUUUUUAUCUUUAACAAAAAAAAAAAAGGAAAAAUCAAAUCUUUUGAUGCAAAAAUCUACCUAAACUAUUUGUGUACUACGUGAAAUAUCAAAAUUUAUAUCACAAAACGAUAGAAAACCAAAAGAGAUAAAAAUCUUAAUGUUUUAUCUAGUUACAUUUUGGAUAAACUAAAGCCUGGGCCCACAACCUCAAACAGAAAAAAACACAACAAAAAUGCAAAGUUUGACAAAAUCCUCCAACCGGAAACUAGAAGUAAACAAAAAAUCGUAAAUGUUUCGUAUCUUGAUAUCAUUAAUCCUCCAAAGUUUAUCAUAACUAUCAUCAAAAUUAUCUGCGACGCGAAUAAUCGGGGUUGGACAAUGAAGUGAAUAAACCAAACAAUCCCAAAACCGUAAAAUCCUAAUCUAGGACCCAUUCCCAUACACAUGCAACAAAUAACAGACUUAACAUACCAAGCGAAAACAAAAACACAGACGUUUACACAAAACUCAAAACAGAAUAAACUUCGCUCCUGAACUUUUGACUUUCGACUAUAAAGAAAAGAAGAAGAAAAUACAAACAGGAAAAUCGCAAAAGCUUGUAGAGCUUCUUGAACAGAAAAAAACACUGGAACAGGAACAAAAAAUCAACCAAGUAAACAACCAUUUAAAGUAUAUAUAUAAAACAAUUUAUAUAUGUGUGUGUCUUCACGUCGCGUAUACCUCAAAUCAAAGACAGAAAAGUAAGAAGCAUAAGAAGGAGAACAACAAAACAGGAUAAGAAGAUUAUUAUUCUCAACAGUAAAAUUGGCAGUGUUAGAAACGUUUUGGAAUAGGUUCUGUUUCGGUAUUGAGAAAAAUUUUAUUUUAAAAUCCAUAACAAUAUUCUCCCUCUCUGGUCCAUUUGGCCAACCUCCUUUCUCCUCUCCCCUACCAUUAAAAGAGCUACCAACUGUAUCAUUUCUCUCCCUUAGUUGUUUCUUCCACUCGAAUGGAUUUCGAUGGUUAGACGUGUAUGGUUGAAUUUUUAUUCUAAAAAGAUAGGAUAGAAAGUAAAAUUUUUGAGAUACAUCAUUAUUGCUGCAACUGCAGUUGAUUUCCUUGCGAGUGAUUUUUUGCGGAACAUUUAGGAAACAACCACUUGAAGAACAAGCGGAAAAUCACAACCUUUAGCACCGAGACCAUACACGAGAGUAAAAAAAAUUCAAAUAGUCGUUUCAAAAACUCAUGCAAACGAUUAUUUAAAAGGAAAAAAACACACUUUGAGAAAACGGACGCAUUUUAUAAGAAACAAAAAAGGUGAAAUUAUACAUAAAAUAAUAUAAUUAAACAAUGAAAAAGUAUAUUUAUACACUAUCUGUGAUUGAUAAUCCAAAAUUUUGAUGUAUAUUUUUCUCUAAAAGUAAUCACCCAGAUAAAAAAUAAAACCAAAAAAACAACAAGCGAGGAAUGGAAAAAAUUAAAAAUUGUGUUUUGAGAAAAAAGAUAUUUUAGACUGUAACGAAUAGCAGAUAUAUCAAAAUCUAAACAAACAUUUGCUAAAAUAACAGACAUACAGUAACUACUGGGUUUCGGUUAACAAUAGAACAUGUAGUCCAAAAAACAACUAAACAAAAAUUAUAGGUUUCAUACUUUUCGAUUUUCAAAUUUCAAAUCGAGCAAACCCCCUACAUCUACAACAUCAACAGUCCUACCAGACAGAUAAAUUUCCCUUUUCCAAAAUUGUCACAUUAUGUUUGCAAUCUUUAGUUUCGAAUAUCGAUUUACUCCCCAAGCCAACAAACACCAAUGAUUGGAUCACUAAGAAAAAUAAUAGAGAAGAAUGCUAAAAUCAAAAAAUAAAAUAAAUUGUUAUGGAAUGGUAAAAAUUAAAAAAAAAAUCAUCCAACGUCUUAUGUUUCUUAAAGAGUCGGAAAAUCGAGAGCGAAAUGAGCUCAUGAAUUAAAAAAGAAUCAGAAUUGACAUGAAAGAGAGUGAGUGAGCGAAUGGCAAGUAAAGAAAGACGCGCGAACGAUAACGGAAAAAUGAUUAUGUGGAAAAGUUGAAAGAUGCAAAAACCUAAUGAGCGAACGCGAUACCGAUUCGUUUUGUUAGAACAAAGAAAAAAAAAACAAAAUACGUGGCGACAAAAAGGAAGUAAUUUAAUAUUAAACAAAAAUAUGAAAAAGUGCAAUUAGAACGAUGAAAAACCGUAACAUAUUCGUUAUUUAUAUUGAAAUAAUGCAGACGCAAACCAGCGGAGGAAGAGGUAAAAAUAAAUUAAAAUAUAUAGGGAAAAUUAUUUAAUUAUAUAUUUACAAAUCAAAAAAGGAAAUCGACAAAAGGAUAACCUAAGUGAGGUAAGCGAAAAUCUUAUUGAAAUUACAAUGUAAAAAUGAAAAAAAUUAUUAGAGCAGUUUUUGUAUAGAUAACAAUUCAAGGAAGAUACGUUUUAUCAACAAAUGAUACCAAACUUGGAAAAGUUGACAGCUAGCAAAACAUUGAUAACAAAAAAUACUGUUUUUCUUUUAUUUUGAUUUAUAAAACGUUUUACAUCAAACAGGAAAAAUGUAAAAGCGCAACAACUACGGCUAAACGAAAUUAUGGGUAUGUGUAUUGAACCACCAGCUAAGUCAAAUCAAACACUGGAGAGACAUAAGAUUGAUUAUGACGUAUACAAACGAAAAAUUCUACAAAAUCUACCAUCAUAAUUCGGUUCUGUUGUUGGAAUAACAAACCACUGAUCUACAUAUUCUACCAGAAUACACAUUCUCUUCUCUCUCUAUGUGGUAACUCUUGCGCUAGAAUUUUAUGAUGUGCACCGUGACGGAAAACUAUCGAAAAUCAAAAACAAAGUACCAUUCGGAAGAAAACCCGAAAUAUUACCAGAGCUAUAGUGCAAUUAUUUUUUAUCACUUCUCACUAAGAGUAACCAGAUUUAUAUUUUUACGCUUCGAAGCGAAUGAUUCUAUCGAGGAUGUCAUCUGGAAAAUCUAAACUAAGUAAUGUUCUGAAACCUAAUUUGGCACGAAAUCUCCCGUUAAAGAAAAGCCGGGAAAGUUGAUCAUUUGCUUUCCUUGGAAUCUAUCAUUUUGGUUUCUUUUUAUUUCACAAUCAAAAUUAUCUGAACAACAAAGAGGAACUUUUGGGAAUGUUUACAUCAAUGUACUAAAAUAGCAACAAUAACAACAAUAGUAACAACUACUACAACAACUACAAGAACAGUGAAGAACAGCAACAUAUCUUGUUGAAACGUUUCUUUUACAUUGAAUAUUGAAACAACAAUACUGCUACUAUAAACAAUUAUUUUCGAUUUAGGUCAAGCAAGAAAUUUGGAUUACAAACUUUUCGGCCCAUUCAACCACAAAAAUUUUGGAAAACUUCAAAUGCAAAGAAAAUAUAAACAACAAUAACAUCAACAACAACAACAACAACAAACGCAUACAGCGCCUCUGCCGGUCAACUCGCAGACCAGACGCUGUGUGUGAGGACGGAUUGGAAACACACACACACAACACGCACUCAAAAUCAAACGAACCAACAACAACCCCCCACGAACAAAUCUAAGCCAACAGUCGAUUGUUUACCACAAUACACCCCUCAUCAGUUUGCAUAAGAGGCGUGUACUGUGGUAAUUGAACAAUAGAAACUCUCAAACCAAUCAUAUACAUCAAUAGCAAACCAACAAUAGCAAACGGAUAACUCUCACACUUAUACAGUCUUAGAAAACAGAUGAAAACAAACAAACAAUAGAUUGAAAUGAUUAUUGCUGCUACCACAGUUGAUACGAAAUACCACCACCACCACCACUGCAAUAGUUAAAACCGCGAUAAAUCAAACCGAUGAUAUCACUACAGCUGCAUGAUUUAAGCGCUCAUCGCGAGCGCCCAACCACAAACCAACAAUAGACAAACGAACAAACACACACACACACACUCAAACGUUUAGUCAAAACUACAAUAGCCUGGUUACUUGGAUGAGCACGCACAAUGCCUAUCUGAACAGUUUUUAUACUACAAACAUACACUUUUUUCUAAACUUGUCAGUUACUUUUCUCUCUAAGGCAGUAAUAAUUAUUACUAAUAAUAAGAUGAACAAACUAAAGCUCCCCUUCAAAUGUUUUCUCCUGAAAAUCCCAAACCUGAACCUACACACAAAAAUACACACACUCAAACAAACUUCAAAAGUCACUAUCGCUCAAACUGCUACAGUAUGGGCUUGUGAUUCAACCUUCCCCCAACAUUCACACACCUCCUACAAUAGAAUAAUCAUUGAAAAAGACAGAAGAAUAAAUCGAGCAGUUGCCCGGUGAGCUUUCCGGCCACUGGGCAGGUUCCCGAUUAACAAUAGUUGUAAACAAGAAAAACAGAAAAAAACACUAAGAAUUCAAUAUAAUCACCAAUCACACAAACAGUUAUGUAAAAACAAAAAAAAACCAAACAAACGGUGUAAUGCAAAUUUCGAACCUAAAGUCGAUUCUAGCUUUUGUGUUUCAAGCUGAACACAGCCAACAGAAAGGCAAUAGUGAAACAGUAAACAAAACAAAGACAUGUUGCUGCAUAUAAAUAGGAACUGCAUAAACAACUACAACAACAGGAACAGCGCUUGUGAGUUAAAGACUUCAUUCCGUUUCAAAAAAAAAUGUGAACAAAGAUAAAAAAUAAAAAAAAAAACAUAAUUAAAAUAGUGCUAGAAGUUCUCCCUAGGCCGUAAGUAAAUUUAGCUUUCAGUUUCAUUUUUCAAACAAUCAGCUCAUUUGUUGAAUGUUUAUUGUAAAAGAAAAUAUUAGCUUUGUAAAUGGUAGAGUGUUAGAAAAACAGGAAAGGAAAUGCCCGGAAUACGUACCCGAAUCGAGUAACGUCAGACAAAAAGGCGGAAAGAAAAAUUCCACGUUUUCGUUUCCUCUUCUAUCUUCUCUCUCAGGACAACGGCAUGCCACCUUUUCGAGGACGUUCGGGUAGUAAGCGUAGUAUUAGGGAAAAAAACAAUCACAGAAUCAAUAAAGUCGCAACUGGUUUUUGUUUGAGGUGAAUUAAUUUCCACAAAGAACAACACAUCACCGAUCGGAAAAUCUGCUAUCUGUAGUUCGUGCAACAUCUGCCCGAAUGCAAACAAAACGUUAAAACAAUAACAAUAACAUUGCAAAAGAGUGAACAGUAGUGAAGCCACAGUUCUGGUAUUGAGGAAUAUUUAGAAUUUUUAUUUUACUUUACAGAGGCGUUCGAAGAUCUUUAAUCACCCAAUCAAACAAUUGGAUCAUUUAAAAGUGGAAUUUGUUAAUAAUGUUAAUUUUCAAGCAAAAUAAGUCAAAAACCAUUGAAAUCCCUACUUUUUUUAUUUGAGGAAUUGAAUUUUUUUUUUUUGACAAAUCAUCAAUAUACUUUUGGAACUGUGGAGACACAUCGUUAACAAUAAUGUAAAACAGAUCUAUUCACUUAAAAAACGGCUGCCUGAACAAUAAAAAAAACAUCCAUAUUCACCCACACAAACACAUCUAUAAAAAAACCCACAUCAGUUGAAUGAACACAAUACAUUACGCAUCUCGUCUUGCAUUACAUAUGUUAUAAGAAAUCAUUGCCCUCUGAAAAUAAACUGCAUACAACCAGUCUUAGUAGAUGUAGUCAAAGAACAAAAGAUAUUGUUUGAAUUCUUUUAUACAAAACAAAAAUCUGUUCAGAACUGUUUUUGACGAACGUUUAAAUACAGAAACUUUACCACCAUGAAUGUGCCAGAAAACAAAACAAAAACAACAACAAGAAAACAAAAAAAAAGUUGAACAAAAUCACAAAACGCAAACAGUGUUAUUCAGAAACUAGUUCUAUUUUCGAUAGCUCUUUCGAUAUCAAACUUAUGAAGUCAAAUCUACGCUUCAUUUGACCUAUUACCGAUUACCUUUAAAGAGAGUAGAAUGUUUUCGUUUUUCGAGAGGAACAAAAAAAAAGGUACACCUAAAGAUAAAGUCGAAUAAACACUUAUUUAUCUCUACAAAAUAUCUACACCCAUAACCAAAAAGAAAACUUCUAAUGCAAAACAGUUGUUAAAAUUUGAAUUAAAAGUAUUGUGGCCCAAACAAUUAGAAGAAAAAGUAAAACCAAAAGUAAAUGUACUAGGAAUUAACAAACAGUUAAGGUAAAUAAAGAAAUGGACUCAUUUGAAGCAAAAUGCCUUAUAUCAUAUUUAAAAAUCUAAUUGAAGGCGGGAAACUCGCUGAACAUUAAGCGAAAGUGGUAUUUGGGUUAUGAAACAUUCAGCGUUCAAAGACUCUGAAAAUAAUACAAAAAAAAUACUACAAAAAGGAAACCGAAGGUACCACAUCAUCAACACUUCUAAAAGAAUUUUCAUUAAAAUCAAAUCAAAACACAAAUUACAAGAAAUUUAAUUUGUACAUGGUUGUUGUCACAGAAUAUAAAAACACGAUGAUGGAAAGUUGAAAAAAAAACAACUAGAAAUGAAACUCACUCUAGCACGCAUCAUUUAUGGAAUAAUAGAUAAGACAGAAAGCUGUUUUCGAUGUAAAAAAAAAACUACUGUACUAAAAAUUCGAAUCUUUCAAUGAACCAUUCUUAGGUAUUUUAGCCGCAGGUGUGGUUUUGAAAGUCUAAUGGCGACAAAAAUCAUAUACACCGGAAUCAUAAUGUCUUGAUCACACUUUUGGCAAAAGUAACAGUUAAGGUUUCAUGCAGUAUAAGAAAUUUACAAAAAUAAAUACAUCAUAUCUCUAUUAUUUUAUUGUACGCUAUUCAACCAACAACUAAAAAAACAUGCUUAGCGUUAUUGGGCCUGUAAACAGAUUUGCAGACAAAAAAUGAUUGUGCAGGUAAAUUCAUUUCCCGUUUCCUAAAUUUCAACGCUUUCUUGGAUUUGCAACUUCUCCUUUAUCAAAGCUGAAAAAAAGAUUGGCAAUAACAAAAUUGUGAUCCCAGCCGAAGGAAAAUCGGAUCAAUUUUUUACCGUGUCUCAAUGUGGAAGAUAACAAACGAAAUUAGACUGUUUUUUCUUCAUUAAAUGAAAAUAAAUUUAAAAAAAAAAAUCAAAAAUUAACAUCGUUUGGCAACGAAACUGUGAUCGGUCGAAUGUGUUCUUCUAAGAAGAUGAGUAGACUUUUCUCGCUUUGAAUAAGCAUGCGGUUGGCGAAAAUUGAUCCGUCCCUUCCUGCCGGCAAAAUUCUCAACACCCAACAAAAUUGGAAUCAAAAUUGUGAUAUUAAUUUUAUUUUUUUAAAUCAAAAUUUAAUCCAACGUAUUGUGAUAGAAAAAAAACACAUGGACAACAUUGGAUCGUGCACUGCGAAAAUUCAUUUGUUUAUAGUGAAAAAUGUCCAACUUAUUCAUGAACAGUUGUCCACAGAACUAGUCGAAUUGGCUCGAGUGCGAUUCCACCAAACAUUAUUGUGUCAAGGCUAAGAUAAGAAUAGAAAAAUGAAUGUUUUCGUUGAACUUUGUUUGAGGCGUUUUGCUGCUUUUCGUUCACAACUAUAAGGUACAUAAGGAUUUAAGAAAAAUAAAGGAUAACAAAAUGGUGCUUUGAAUUUAAGGAUUUAGAAAAGCAUACGUGACAUACGUGUAAAAAUUAAUGUUUUGAAAAUGCUAGUAAGGCUUUGUAUAUAAACACUCACAGAAACAUAUUUUGUUAUUUCUCUAUCAACAAAAACAAAAGUUGGCAACCCGUGUUUACCAUUUUCCAAACUCUUAACAUACUGAAAGAAUAUUGAUGUGUGAGCAUAGUCAUUAAUCAUCAUGUCGAUAAGCGAAAAACAAUAAUAAAAAAACGGAAUCUUAUAUACAUCCAACACAAUAAAAAAAACAUGAUAUGUAUGUAUUUUCUGUCCAAAUUUACAUAUAUAUACACAUUGAGGAAAACAAUUGAAACGGGAAAAUGAACCAUUUCAUAAUGAUGCAUUGAAGUAUAUAAACAAAAAAAAACUUUAUAUUUUCAUGGAAUGUCUAAAUGUGAUAUAGGUUAUACUAAAAGUGAACAAAACAGAACUAAUUUUAAUUUUAGGAAUCUAAAUUAAAAACGAUACUGGAGUAUAUUUAGGCAUUUUUAUAGUAAUGGUUCGAUUAUCAGAGAUAUGAAAGAGAAGAACAUUUUACAACACCUCAGAACUAAAAACAAGAUAACUUAUCAACUGAUUGUUCGGACCUACCAAAAGAGCAGUUUCGGGUGGAAAAAAAUCAAAAUUAUACACAAAUCGAAUACGAUAAAAAAAAAGUAAGGAUUAGCGAAUUCCGUGGUCCAAAACCAAUGUAACAACCAAACAUUGAAGAAGAAGGCAAACAUCAUUCCCAGAUAUAACGGAACUUUAGACAAACAAACAACAAAUAAGAUUUCAAUAACCAUUUUGACAGAAGAUGAUAAUGACUAGACGAGCACAGAGUAGUACUGGAAAAGGCUUCGGGUUGAAUAUUAAAAACUAAACUCAAUGAACCUUACUACCAAAUCCACGAAAGCCCUUGAAAAACCCACAAAAAAACGGUGAACCGAAAAACAAUUUUCGUAAAACUUUAAGUUCCAUUCUCCACCACUAUACAAAAAUAGCCACAGCAAAAAGCACUCUAUAAAUAACAGAAGCAAAUCAAAGCAGCAAGCAAACCAAUAGCAAAGAAAAUAACUCACACAAACGCACGGUUUUACGUUUUCCAAACAACCACAACCAUCAGCAGCAGCAUUCAUCAACAGGCAAAACGAUAUUCUAUAGAUCCAAACAACGAUAAGCAGCAAUCCAUAUGUUUAACAAACAAAAACAGAUACAGUUACGGUUACAAUUACAGCCAACAAAGCAACAAACCAGUGUUGAGACAAACAACAACAUCAACAAACAGCGACUGCUGAGCUGAUCGUGCUAGCCGUCCGAAUCUGCUGAAAUGCAAACUGUCAAACGUUGCACAAGUUGCAUCGCUUACACACACACACACAGGGAGUCAGAAGCAUUCCAAGAAAGACAACGCGCGCUGUCAAUCGAUAGCGCAAAGCAAACGCAUUUACCGGUACGACUCAGACUGUUUUGAAUUUAGAAACGUUCAUAAUCACCAAUGAAAACAAGACAUUUCGACAGGAACUCAGGAACCGUUCAUCGUUAAACAUUCCCCCUUAAAACUGAGAAACGCUGGGUUUGCAACUGUUCGAUGUUUGACAGAUGAAAAUGUCAGUUUGAAAGGUGGAUCGCCUGCACUGAUGCAGUUCAGCAUUUAUUUACUUACAGAACGUGACUGAACGGAGCAUCACGAAACAAGAACCGAAAGCUCUUAAUUGAACACCUUUCAGAGAAUUCGAAAGCAAUGGCUUGAGGACUGCGUCCCAAUUGCCAUUGUGUUUUGGAAACUCUGGGUAGUGAGCUAACAUUUACUUUUUAUAAGAAACAUUUAACAUAACAAACCGGUUUUUCGUUAAUAUCGAUUAGUUUUCAAUACAUUCUCACGAGAACAUUUCGACCAUAAAUGAAGUCUUUACAAGUAAAUUCAUGCUUGAGGGCAAAAACAAAGGAAAAUCAAUCGAACCAUUCCAAAGGUCAGGUUUAUUGAGCGUAGACCUACGACAUUGAUAAUCUAGCUUCCGAUCAACCAAAUGCCGGGUGAAAAGGAACGCGGCAGCGGAAAUGAAUAUUGAUUUAUUUCUUGAUUGUUACUUGUAGUUAGUUAUUUCACCUCUCAGUUCACAAUUUCGAGGUUCAUUAGUUUCGAAUAAGGUAUUCAGAGAUAUUUUUUCAUGAUUUCCUUUACUCAGCUUCAAAAUGUAAGUUCAGUUUAUAUUUCCUCGUGUUAUUAGUUAUUUCAUUCUCAGCGUCAGUCUAUUUUUAUGUUAAACUAUUACUAUUAUUAUUUUUUUACUAUUAUUCAACAGAUACACAUACAAGAGCAUUAUUGAUUUUUAAAAGACAAACGCAGUUAUGAAUAUUUUGUGUCGCGUUAGGCAUAAGUGAUAGACGCAUACGACAGUCUGUCGAUUGUUUUUUUUUACAGAAUUACACAGUUGCCAAGCUGGUUAUUUUGAACAGAGAGUAAAUAUUUUCUUUUUCUUUAUCACACUUAGUAGAACUGUUAAGGUAUCAUUAUUUUUUAAUAAAACUGAAAUAAAAGAAGGUAACACUCCAAUUUGCAACCACGUUUUUGGAGGGAAGAUGUGCUAGAGCAGUAAGCAAACCCUCAAGACCGCUGGUCCAAUAUAGCAGGUUUAGUGAGUAGAUUUUUAGUUGCUUAAAUUUUACGUUAUUGAUUAAGAUCGUCAUUGUAAUGAGCAAGUUAAAGAAAUCAAUAUUCAUAGAUAGAUAACUAUCUCUAAUCGAAGGAAGAUACAAGAAAUAAAGAGCAAACAAACGGAAAACGCAUUUUUACUUAAUACAAGCAAGUACCGAUAACUUGGACAGAAGUAAUUGGAGAACAUCGACGAUUUCAAUCGUGUCCACAAACGACAGCUCAGCUGACCGAAAGAAAAACAACUGCAUAGGCAUUGCUGUUUCACGAAUAGAAACAAAAAAAAAGGCAUAGGAGUUAUCAAGCAAAGGAUAAAGAAAAUCAUAAGAAAAAAAAUGUAAGUGUAAAAUAUUGUAAGCUAUGAAAAAAUAAACAUAGAAAUAAAGUUUUUGAUCAAAGUGAAGAAUACCUAGGAUUUAUCAACUGGAAAACGCAUAACGUAAAAACCAUUGAAUAAUACAACACAACCCUACAGCAAACGAGAACAGAACAGUAAAAAAUAAAACUGGAAUCGCUUCUAACAAUGUUUAACCGUUAAAUUUUUGGUUUUUCAUUACUUUAAAUAAUUUUUAAACUGUAAAUAUGAAACAUUAUUAUUAGCUAAAGCUGAAUAAAUGCGACCGGUUAUGUUUGUUGUUGUUUUAAAUCCUGAGUUCUGUUUAUUUAAAUCAACUUUGUAUUCCCACGCUCACAGCCAAACAUCUAUAGGAAGAAAGGCAGAAAAAAACAAGGAAAAAUAAAGCGAAGCAGAAGCGAUGUAAAUACAGCCAACAGCAGCAGCGUGUUUGAAUUCUUUUCCCUCAUAAACACAAACACAAACAAAAAAUUGCAGUUGAAAUAAAACAGUUUGACAAUUUUCUUUAAAAAAUAUACACAUACAAACAUUAAAAAGCCAGCAUUAUAGAUAUAUCGCAAUAAACAAAGCAAAAAUUCGAUUCGAAUAUCUUACGAACAACCAAAAAUUGUAAACAAAAAUCGAUUAAUUACUCACUCAAAGCAACUCACACAAUACAAAUAGUUGAAAAAAGAAAUAAACCAGAAUGCAAAUCACUGAUACAAUAGAACUCAAGAAGUAAAAUUACAUUUUAAAACAGCAAAAAAAGUUAUCCACUAACAAACAUGCAACCACGAAAGGUUUAAGACAACCAGCAAGAGUCACGGUUCACCAAUAAAGGAAAACAAACAACAGCAACCACGCAAUAGAAACUUGAAUAACAAUCCUGAUUUUAACAACAACCAAAACAACAGUGAAAAGAACAGCAGACGCAGGAACAAUCGCUGCUGAAUAACAGUCCAGCAUUUUUAAUACUUGAUUUGUGACAACAAACUGGUAACUGUGUGGUGUUGUUACACCUAGCCUAGUUUGACAGCAACUGACAGCCGUGACGCGCUCCGGAAUGAUCGUGCUGCCCGUUAUGGGUAGCAGAGAAUACGUAACUGAAUUUGUCACUUCAUCUUUUAUUUUUAGUUUAUUAACUUGUUUCGAUUUCAAGUUGUGAUCUUUCAAAGUAACGCGUUUCUCUUUUAGAUUUUUCGAUUUCUCGAUAUGUAUAGUGCUAGAGGCUUUUAGGCGUUUAGAAUUGGCAGAAAAGUCGAACCCUUUACGGGUAUUCAAAUGUUUGUAUUUUGAGUUUCAAACCAUUGUUUUAUUUUGCUUUUCGAUAGGUACAAUCAGGGCCCAAAAUUUGUGCCAGUUUACUCAGUAAGGCGUAAUUUUACCUUCUAUUAGAGUUAUUCAGUAACAUGAAUAUUAAGAUGAUCAGCUAAAUAAGACAAAGCAGUAGGCUCCCGUAUAUAAGUUCGUAAUAUUCGGUAUCAGAUACGUAUAAUUGUUAGUCAUAAUGAUUUUAUUUUAAACCUUCUUAUGUGUACAUUACAAUCUGGACGAAAUUCACCACAGAGCGUUUGAGUAGAGGAGACAGUGCGAGGAAAAGAGAGAGUAAGAUUCGAAAUGCAUUAUUAAAAUUUUGUGUUUUUUCUUCGCAUAUUGUACAGCAAGUGUGCGAGAAAUCAGUUCAAAGUGUCGGGAUCAGUAGCAAGCAACUAUAGAUUCGUUGUAAUUUUUAAAAUAUAAUUUACAUAGCUAAGCUAUAAGCUAGAAAUAUACGAAUGAAGCCAAUGGUUAGCCAGUAAGGAUUAGUCCCUAGGUUUUGUUUAGUGAUAGUUAAGUAAAGUUAAUUUCAAAUCACAAGUACAAUUACGAUUGGGAAGUUAAGUUAACUUCGUUUUAAGCAAGGGUAAUUAGCUGGGUGAUGGACAGUUGUCAUUCAAUGAAUAGUACAUCGACCACUGUCAGCUGCUGUCAAAAAGGAAAGGAGAAAAUCACGAUCGGUUACCAUUUUUACAACAUCAACAAAUAACUCUACAAUAGACCAUAAAUGUAAUGCCCUUUUUUAAAUUGUUCUAGCGCUUUUCUGGCACUGUUCGAAACGAUAUCGUGGAUAUUUUCGACGAACGAUUUGCGCAGUGAGGAAAUUGUUAGAACAACCACCGGCUAGUUUCAGUUCUAUUCAGUCUUUAAAACCGUAAACUCGAUCGAAAAAUGAACAAAAAUCGCAUGAAAGGUAAUUUGUUUAAAAUAAAAUAAUGCUUAUUAAAACAAAAGACUGAAAUAAAAAAAAACAAACGACACACGCAAAUUAUUUCACUGGUUAAUGAAUGUAAAGAUAUUUUAUUUUCGUUUUCGUUAAAUGGGGCGAAAAUAUCGUUUUGGGACCAAUACUUCUCGAAAAGGAAAAGUAACCAACUUCUACAGUCCAUAUCUAUGCAACAAAAAAAAAACAAAUCCACAAAAAAUAUUUUUUGCAAAACAAAAUCCAGUUAAGGAAUGAGAAAAAAAACAAAAACGACCAUCACGAUAACUUCAAAUGCCUUUUAUGCAAACGCGUCUGCCAAUGUCAAGAUCAUAUGGCAGAAAACGUUUCAAAUUUGAGAAAAACCGCUACCAAAACGAUAAGUCCUAAAAAUGAGCAAACAACAUACGAUACUAGACUCAAGCCACAGGAUUAGAUGCAGAGUUUAGAACACAAGGCCAAAUUAAAUCAAGAUCGAUGAAAUGUUUUGUGAAACACUUUAACCCAAGCACACGAAAAAAAACCAACAAAAUGAAAACAUCCAAACUAGUAGAAAUGACAGGCAAAAAGUGAUCAAAAAUCAUUUAUUAACAUUGUGGGAUUGUUAUCGCAAAAGAGCUAAAUCUUAUAAACUACUAUCAACGUGUAAAGUGAACGCUUUGGACCGCACUUAAGUGUCGAAUGAAAUAAAACACAAACAAAUAAAAUCUACAAACAUGAACCACACGAGUUCAAUCGGUUCAGUGGAUUUCGGGUUUAUCAGUCUCGGAACCUAAACAUGUACGUAUGCGUUGAUACGCGUGUGGGAGCAAAAUAUUCGAGACGCUUGAAAAAUUAAAAAAAAUAACAACAGCAUCAAAAUAUUAGCAGUCGCGACAAAGAAAAAUCAGCGAUAGAAACAAAAGAUGAUGAAGAAGAUGAAUAAAAUACACACACACACACAGAUAAGCACGUGAAAACAAAAAAUAUAUAAAAAGAACGUCAGAUAGAAAAGAUCGUGAAUGGGAAUAUAAUACAACAAAAAAUAUAAUAAUAAUUACUGUAAUAUAUUUAUAAUGUGAAUUUGGAAUAUAACCAGUAUUUAUUAUACUGUAAUAAAAAUAUAUUUAAAAAUAACAA